GUCAUUGUACAGGGCUGAAAAUUUCAGGGCACAUUGAAGAUGGGUCAUCCUCGCUUCACUGAAAAUUUCAGCUCCAUUCCUUGAUACUUAGCUAGAGAUAUAACAAUUUUACUGCACAUGGCUUUUUAUGCCCGAUGGCUUUCAGUAUCUCCAGCAUACCCCCUAUCACAGUACGAUACAAAGUCAAAUAUUUUUUUUUUGCUUGAAAGCUUGUCUCUAGGGCUAGCCCAUCUCGUGGCCCUUUUUUUAAAAUAAGCUCUUUUAUUAUUAUAUAAGAACACAUCUUUAUAGAAAAGGCGCCAUUUUUUAAGGGGUUUUUUGAGUCAUUGAACUUGCCAUCCAUUUUCUUCGCUUAAAAAGUAUGAAUUUAAAAAAAGGGCCACGAGAGGGGCUAGCCCUAGAGACAAGCUUUCAAACAAAAAAAAAUAUUAUAUAUAUAUAAUGAGGGUCCACAGAGAAUUUUUGGAGAUGAGAUGAGCUAUUUUUUGACCCUUGUUUGGUUCAUAUCUCUGUCAAACAUCGGGGUAUCGAGCUGAAAAUUUUACCACAGCCUCCUCACUUCAGCCCCAACGCAUGCUCCAAAUUUCAGCCCAUUUGACCGUAUCUAGGCUGAGAUCGAUUUUUGAGGGGGGAAGGCCCCUUAAUAAUUUAGCUUCCGACCACGGUACACUUGGUUUUAGCAAAGUUUUAUGUACGAGCAACAUAAAUGUAGAAUGAAUGUCUGUUUACCAAGACUCCAUACAAAAUAAUUUUACCUGACUCAAAGUGCCUCAUUCGAUGCAGUUUUUAAUGCUGAUUUUGAAUCUAAAGCUGAUUUUUAUUGUUGAUCGCAAAAUAUUAGAGCAAAUAGUUGAACAAUAUAAAACUCCCAUUACUAAAAAUGUAAAAACAGCAGCAUUCUUUUUGUUCUUCUUCCUCCUAUUUUCAUAGAAAAUGAUACUCCCAUAAAAAGUUAUUUAUAUAGGUCGAUCGAGCAGAAGCUCCUCUAUCGAAGUGUAUAUCGGGCUUUCUGCGCGAAUUCCAUUUUUGAAUGACAUGAUAAGCAAACAUUUUCGCAUGUUUUAGCUACUGAGUGGAAAAGAGCAGCUGGUGAGGUUCCAGUAAAAAUAAUUUAAAUUUACCUUGAAAAGCGGAUGACCUUGAAGAUUUUUCGAUGGUCUACACGAAUGUGGAGUUGAAAUUUCGAUUAGAAAAAAUAGUUAGAUUCAUAUUCGCCAAAAUAAUGAAAACGAUUACAUUUGAAGUCGGAGAAAAUAAUCAAAAUGCGUAUUUUUGUAUUUUGUGAGUUUGUCUCUUAUUGUACGAUCAAUGAUAGACUUCUUUGGUAAUCAAAAUGAUCAGCUUAAAAAGUUCUAUCCAAUGAUAUUAUUUGAAGACUAAUCGAAGAUGACAUAUGUAACGGUGGGAGGAACCCCAUGGAAUUACCUAACUACUUUAUGGAACGCGAAUCUAUGAUAAGUUUAGCUGACAAAAUAGGUCUCACUUGACUCGACUGUUAUUGUCAAAUUAUGAGGAGUAUCAAGUUAAAAAUGAUCUACAUCAAGACCAACUCAUCUGUGAAAUGACUUAUCCAAUAUUUGAGCUGAAUAAUGUGACAAACUAUAUAUAGCAGUUCUCUUUUACUUCCAACGGUUUUUCACCAUAGAUUUUUAAGGGGAGCCAAAAAAGUCUCGCUGAACACUAGCAGAAAUAUGAAAAUAAGAAAGUUUCUUAUCAAUCAUGUUAGCUAUUUUGCCUAUAUGAACAUUUAGUGACUGUCAAUACUCUGUUAAGGCUGGUUGAGAAUAACUGACCGAUUGAUGUGUGAAAAUUUUCUUUAUGACUGAUCUACACUUCUUUGGUCUUUUUAGAAACUUUAUCAUAUACAUAUAUAUAUAUCCAUCGACUGUUCCUUUAAUUUUUGUUCCUUUAAGUAUGUGUAAGAAUAGCAGAUCCAUAGCUCUUUAUUCACACAAGGUAUGCACGAUGGCAUAGUUCCUUUCAGUAGAGAGGUAGCGAUGUUUGCGUCGUGUUAUUUUAAUAAUUCAACAUUUGUUACUUGAAGUGAACGAUUUUGCUAGAUGAGGAAACAAAUAAAUCAAAGAAAUGAAAAGGAAUAUUUAAAAAAACAGAGAAAUACUGAAAUUGAACGCUUAAUUUGUUGUUUCUCUUAAACAAAUUUGCGUUGUCUAUGCACUGCUUGAUUAUUUUUUUCAUUCGAAAGCGGAUUGAUUUCAAUUGCAACUGAACAUGAAUUUAAUCUUGAUGCUAGAUGAAUUCAUAACAGUACAGAAUAGGAAGAAUGAUAAUUUGACGAAGUAAUUUCCUCAGUCAUAAUCUAAUUGAUUGAUGCAUAAGAGAAUAACGAAUAACAGAAGGAGAGAAAAGACGAAAUAAAAUAAAAAGAAAGAGGAAACAGAAGAGGUCAUUGUUUUUCAUCUCUCAGUAGGUGGUUUCGAUUAUAAAUGUUAGAGGAGAUGAAUGGUAAUAAAAACGAGAUUCAGAUCAUAUGCAAACUCAUUAUUAAAUUCAAACUAAGAAAUAUUUACAACCUUCCAACAUCAUAUAAAUAGGCAAGCAUCACAUAGUUCAAUUUAUUCUUUUUUCUAAAUUCUGCCUUUUUUUAUAAAUAGAUCAUCGCUGUUUCUUCUCAUUCAUCUCGUCAAUUAUAUUUAAAUAAAAGGAAUAUUAUGGCUGAACCAUUAAUAUGUCCAUUAUGUAAGAGUAUUAUGGGUAAUUCUAUUGAUGGUAUAGCUAUUUAUGGUUGUGGACAUAUGAUCUGUGGUGAAUGUUUCUAUGAUUUACAUCAUCAAAGUUAUAAAUGUUUUGUAUGUAAAAUAUGGUCUUCAGAUAUAUUUUUUCAUUAA